GACAGCCGGUGCGGCGGAGAGGUUAAGCUCCUCACACGAAGAGUACAACGCAAUGGCAAGAUGGCGGCGACCGAGAGCAAAGCCGCGGAGGCUGGUGAACACACUUCCGGCCCCGCCCCCGCCCCGUGUCGCACCUUCCGGCCCGCCCCCUAGGCACGGCGGCGUGGUACGUCGUUGCCAUGGCAGCAGCCUGGGGCGCCUGAGAGUUUGGAGGGAUCCCAGGAGUCGCAGGCGCUCUGGGGGAGGUUCCGUGAGCUGGCCGGACACACCGCUGAGGCUGCGACGCCAGAGACAGGGAUGGGAGGGCCGUUUGCGGCCAGCCCUGUACCCGAACCAUGAAGCCAAGAGCCAGAAAGCCAGGCACCAGACCUCACGACCUGGUCCAGAACAUAGCUGCUCACUCCAGCUCUAUGGGCAAACAUCUGUGAGAGGAGCUGUGGAGAUGGCACACCUGUUAGGCAGCCAGGCUUGCAUGGACAGCCUGCGCAAGGACCUCACCGACCUGCAGGGCACCAUUGUGGACGUGUUCUCCCGUUCUGGGCCUGUGCGCUUCCCCUCCUGGAAGUUCCCUGACCGUGUGGCCUGUGAUCUGGACAUGGUGUCCCUUCUGGAGCACUACGACCAUGUGCCAGAUGACCCUGAGUUCACACAAUUGUCUCAUGCUGUGCUGCUGGAGCUGGUCAUUGACAGGCUCCUGCUGCUGCUUCAGAGCUGUGCCUGUUACCUGGAAAACCUCACACUGGAACAGAUGAUUCCCCCUGUCCGGGCUGCAGGGCCAUGCAUGUCCGUGGGGCUCACAGUCCGGCGCUUCUGGAGCAACCUGCUAAGGCUGGGCGUGCUCUACCAGCAGGCCACCCCCCAGAAAAGAGCAAACCAAGGGGAGAUUCCCAUCGCCAAGUCCACGGCUAAGGGUGAACCAGCCAGGACCCCUGAAUGUAUGACUGCCAAGUUCAUCAAGCCUCCCUCCCCGGUGCCAGGCUUGCCUCUGAUCUGCCAAGGGCUGCAGAGCGUUCCCAUCAGAGUCUCCCUGCGGAGCCCAGCUGGGACCCCUGAGAGAACCAAGAGCGUCCACACCCAGACCAUCGAGACUGCCCUGGUGCCCUGCGAUGCUUGUACCAGUGUCCAGGGCAGCCUGUGGGAGGUGGGCAAGGUGGUUAUCAGCCUCUGUCAGAGCCAAAACUUGCCCUCAUCCUUGAGCCAAUUUCACAAGUUGGUGCAGGACAGCAUGGGGCUUAAGGCACUGCCAGCUACCACCGUGGGCCACUGGGCGGCCGAGCAGAGCAAAGAUCUGACUCGUCUCAAUAAGCACAUGGGGACCCUCACCCAACUUGUUGGGCCUCUCAGGGCCCAGCUGGAAGAGGCCGAGGGACAGAAGGAUGGACUGAGGAAGCAGGUGGGGAAGCUGGAGCAGGCCCUGCUGCAGGAGCAAGGGGAGCGGCGGCAGCAGAGAGAGGAGGCAGAGCGGAACCUGGCCAAGUGCGAGCAUGACAGGCAACAGCUGCUCACAGAAACAUGUGACCUAAAGGCAAAGGUGGCCACUCUGGAAGGGGACCUGAAGCAGCAGCAGAAGUCUGUGAAGGCCAUGGAGGCAAAGGCCCAGCAGCUGGAGGAGGAAGGUGAGCGUCGGGCAGCAGCUGAGCAGCAGGUGCAGCAGCUGGAGGAGCAAGUGCAGCUGCUGGCAGGGCGGCUGGAUGGGGCUGGCCAGCAGAUCCGCUGGGCCAGCACAGAGCUGGACAAGGAGAAGGCCCGAGUUGACAGCAUGGUCCGUCAUCAGGAGUCCCUGCAGGCCAAGCAGAGGACCUUGCUACAGCAGCUGGACUGUCUGGACCAGGAGCGGGAAGAGCUGCGGGGGAGUCUGGAGGAGGCUGAGGCCCGGCAGGCUGAGUUGGAGGAACAGCUGCAGAGCCUUCAGAACGAUAAGGAACAGGGACAGUGCCAGCUACAGGCCCAGCAGGGAGCUUGGAGCCAGGUCCGAGCUUUUCUUCGCCCCCAGGAAUUGCUGCAGAGCCUGCAGCAGGAAAAACAGGACCUGGAUCAGGUAACUACAGACCUGAAGCUGACUAUCGCAGAGCUGCAACGCGAGUUAGAGGAGCUGAAGGAGCAGCAGCGACUGCUGGUGGCCUUCCCAGACCUGCACCAGCCAAUGGAGGCCCAGAUCCAAAGCUCUGACAAUGUUACCCAAGACAUGGAGAGGCAAGUGCAAGCCAAUGAUAUCCGUAUCCAGGUCCUACAGGAGGAGAACAAACGGCUCCAGUCAAUGCUGACCAAAAUCCGAGAGGUGGCCCAGCAGGGAGGCCUCAAGGCCCAUGGGCAGAUGGCAGUCUCCUGGCAGCAGGAUGAGCAGUGCAGGCAGGACUCAUCCAGGCGGGCCCCGGGCAACCCCCCCACGGCAGCCCUGCAGCUGGCCCAGCAAGUCCUCUUUGGAGGACGGAACCCAAUCAGCCGCCUGUGCCCAGAACCCCAUUCGGGCCUUGGCCAGGCUGAGGAGGAAACUCUCACCGAACAGAGGUCAGGCUGGCUCUUCACACCAGCCCCAGGAACAUCCCACAUAGCCCACAGCAGGGGUAGGGCUGGAGGGCAGGUGGCUAGCAACCCCUCAUGGAAUAAAAGCCCCAGCCAUCUGCCCGCAGCGAUCUUGGCCUCAGCGUGGCUGAGCUGAGGGAACAGACCUUCCCUCCUUGUUGGGUAAGGGCCUCUGAAGAUCCCACCAUGCAGGUCACUGGCCCCUAGAGGCCUGGCACUGAAAGGGAGCUUCCUGUUUCCAUCCUGACAGGUGCUGUGGAGAGCACACUGAGGGCAGCACCUGGGCCAAGCAUCCCAUAGAAAGGGCUGAAGGGUAACCCUGGAUUCACUGACCAGCACUCAGAGUAGAGUUUGGGAAGCUAGGGCACAUCUGAUACAAGGAGCCAGAGGCCAGGAGCUUGCCUCUGGUUUAGCAAGGCAGGCAGAGGAGAGCACUGCCUUUGCCUUCCAUUCUGGCUCUGCAUCUGCAUCUGGCUCUGCCAAGGACACCAGGCAGCUCACGGAGGAGCUCACUCCUUCAGGACAACUGAGAGGUCCCUCUUAAGUCCUAGAGAGCUGCAAAACCACUGGAGGAAAGUACAGGCCACUGGACACCUUAGCCACUCAAAGGUUUGAUGAGAAUCAGACUUAGGGGCUCCACAGGUUCAGGAUGACAAGGAAUCGAGCAAGGAUGCUACUAGCCACAUUGCACACACUGGUCAUUUUUCUAAGCAAACCACUAGCCUGCCUUGAGUCACCCUAUUUGUGAAGGACAGGCUCUAAAUAUUAAUGAGGAUUUCUCAGGUCACACUUGCCAAGCCUUCUGGAUAGCAUUAUUUAUUGUAUGAUGAGGAGGCCAUCAGGUUGAGUGAAGGAUCAAUGGAAGCCACAUGUGCAGUGAGCUGGCACUGUCAGGUCUCCCAACUCUUGUUUUUUUUUUUUGGCAGGGAGGAAGGGGGCUUUAAGACGGAGUUUCUCUGUGUAUCCCUGGCUGUCCUGGAACUCAUUCUGUAGACCAGGCUGGCCUUGAACUCACACAGAUCUGUCUGCCUCUGCCUCCUGAGUGCUGUGCACCACCACCUGGCCCAAAUCUGCUUCUUAACAGCCCAGGCACUGAGUAAUCCCAGUACUCAGGAGGCAGAGUUCUGGAGGAAAUUAGAUGUUCUGAGCCACUCUACCAGGGGAGAGCCAGUUUGGGGCACAGCUCCCUGAGAGAGGCCAUAUCCAAAUCCAGGAGUGAGGCCCUGUGACUGCUGAGCGUCCCAGGCCUCUGCUGACACAACAUUCAUUGACUAGCUCUCACUUCUGCCAGUCAGUAGGCCAGACCCUUCCCAGCUAUGUGACACAUACGUGAGGGAGGCUGCAACAGGAGGAUUUAGAGUUUGAGGCCUGUGCUAUACAGUGAGGACCUGGCCAGACAGAUAGACAGAGAACAAUAGGAAACAAGCAGAAAGUCCAGACAUCCAGCUGUCUGACCAGGCCCUCUGCUCAGGUGCUCAGAGGUGAAAAACCAGGGUGUCACUGAGGAUGUCACCUUUAGAUGGCUCUGGGGAAAGAGUCCUCUUACAAGCUCCUGGCUGUGGCAGAGCUUGAUCCUUAAGCUUGGGCUGUGGGGCUGAGGUCCCCACGGCCACAUUGCUCUUUCCUGGCCUUUUAUUCACAGUACCCAUCUUCAAGAAGGCACCAGAGCUGGGCAUGAUGGCACUGAGUAAUCCCAGUACUCAGGAGGCAGAGGUGUGAGGAUCUCUUUGAGUUUGAGGCCAGCCUGAUCUACAAUACAAACUCUAAGAAGCCAGGGUUACAUACAGACCCUGUCUCAAAACGGGGUGGGGAGGCUGUCUGUCUCCUACAUGAAACCCCCUUCAGUCUCUGACCUCCUCCUGCUUUCUGUGGGCUCAUGUGUUGGCCAGACGCUUUUCUCGUUGUUACUGCUUAGUGUUGGGGGUUGAAUUCAGAACCUUGUGCAUUCUAGGCAAGUGUUCUACCAGUUAGCCAUGACCCCAGCCCUUGCCUUUCUCAUCUGGAGGUCACAUAACAUAACCUACUCACAGGAGUUAGGCAUGAUCAUGCAGCAAAGGAGUGCGAGGCUCCGAGGAUGUAAGAACUUCUGCUCCCAGCAAGAGAGCCAAGGUGAUUGCUAUUUUGUUUGUUUUUCUUCCUGAGAGGAGCCCAGGCUGACUUCAAACUCACUAUGCAGCCAAGGAUGAUCAAGAGCGCAUGGUCCUCUGGUUUCCCUUCCCUCCAAGGGCUAAGGUACAAAAGGAUUACAUGGACUGCCCAGUAGCCUAGUUUGGCCUUAAUUUGUUUUGUUUUGUUUUGUUUUGAGACAGGGUCUCUCUGGAGCCCUGGCUGUACUAGAACUUGAUAUGUAGACCAGGCUGGCAUCAAACUCAGAGAGAUGUGCCUGCCUCUGCCUCCUAAGCGCUGGGAUUAAAGGAGUACACCACUACAUUGGCCUUUAACUCUUAAUCCUCCUGCCUCUACCUCCAGGUUUCUGGGAUUACUGGCACAUGCCACCACAUCCCCA